AUGUUGCCUGGUUUCAAUCUACCUUUCGGCAGUAUAUUCCCUCCCAGCGUGGUAGACUGGACUAGCUCCCCGGGAUCAAAUUCAUCGAAUGGAAACGAGGACUUGAUAAUGCAACUAAAGCAGCAAUUUGGUGCUCGGGUUGCCGAAAUGCAGACGAUGGUUGAAAAGGCCAACGAGUCUGUGAAAAGUGCCGUGGGCGAGCGAGAUGCUGCUACUGCAAGAGCAGAUAAAGCUGAGCUCGAUGGAAAGGCACAGCAAGCCGAGCUAGCAAGUCUGAAGUUGGAGCUUGAAGCUUGCAAACAAUCCGUCCAGCAAUAUUGGGUGGCGGUGACCGCGGCAGCAACUAAAUUGGAGCAAGUCAGUAACGAGGCUGCUUCCACCAAGGCCGAAUUGACACGCUAUCUCAUGGAGAUGGAAGCCUCUCGACGAGAUCUUGAGCUACAAAAGGCAACCAACCAGACCCUGACCGCGCAACUUGAUAGCUCAGCGAAAGAGCUCGCUUCUGUCAAGGUGGAGUUCAGUAGCUUCAAAGUCCAGGCCGACAUCCAGGCCGAGACGAAUGGCAAGGCCCAAGAGCUCGCAAAGCAGACGAUUGCGAACCUUACGGAGGAGGUCAGCCGCAGCACUACCAGCUUGCACCAGGCGCGCAGUGCCAGUGAAGCCAGCCGGCUCGAGCUUGAAAGAGCUAAUGGUCAGUUGACCCAGCUGAAGCGAGAGUGUGAAUCCUGGAAGGUAUCAGCUUCCCAAGAAGCAGAGAAGAAUGUCAGAACGACGCAAUCCAUGCAGGAAGAGAUAAGACGGGGUGAGUCUGAGCGGCGAAGUCUUCAAGAUGGCCUGAACCGGAGCCAGAACGAACUCGAGAUGGCAAGACGGGUACUGGCCGACGUUGAAAGGCGCUUCCGGGACAUGAGUAGCCCAGGAAACAUUUUCAAAAGUCUCUUUUAG